AAAUAUUUGUUGUAGUAAAUUGGUUUAUUUGGUUGCUUACAUUUUCAGUUGAGUUUGUUUUGUUUUGUCUUUGUCUCUCUUCCCUACAAAAUUUCAUCCUUUCUCUCGCCGCAAUAAAUUAAUCCCAAACCACCACCACCGGCGCCGCCGCCUACUAUUUCUCAAAUGCAAUCCUCUCCCAACAGUUCUGCUUAAAUAAAAAUCCAAUCUUUUUCAAUUUUUGCAGCUGAGAAAUGGGGAAUAAAUUUAUUUGCAUGAGCAAGAAAGAUACCAAGAACGGUGGGAUUGGAUCAAGAAGCAAAAGGGGCAGUCUUUCAAGGAGGAGGAGUUCAAUCGAUGAAGAAUUGCUCCACAAGCAAGCUCUAGCUAUGGCGAUUCACCAGCAUCAGCUCUCUCAGAGAUUUGACAAUGGCUCCAUGUCCCGCCGUCUCGGAUCCACCUCCUCCCGCCGCCGCGCCGCCACUUUGGCCGACCCUUUUGCUACCACUGAUGCUAAGCCGUUGCCGGAGUUUUUGGAGAAUAUCAAGACGAAGAAGUUUGUUUUGGUGCACGGUGAAGGAUUCGGAGCUUGGUGUUGGUAUAAAAGCAUUGCUCUGCUUGAGGAAUCCGGACUGCUUCCAGUUGCCUUGGAUCUAGCUGGAUGUGGAAUCGAGACAACGGAUGCCAAGAAUGUUACGACCCUAGCAGAGUACUCCAAGCCUUUGAUCGAUUUUCUGCAGAAUUUGCCCGAAGACGAAAAGGUGAUAUUAGUCGGCCACAGUAGCGGAGGCGCUUGCAUCUCCUACGCGUUAGAGCACCUUCCCGACAAGAUCUCAAAAGCCAUUUACCUCUGUGGCACAAUGAUAGCGGACGGGCAGAGACCUUUCGAUGUGUUUGCUGAAGAGCUCGGUUCCGAGGAACUCUUUUCACCGGAUUCAAAAUUUGUAAUAUACGGAAACGGUAAAGACAAACCCCCCACCGGAUUCAUGUUCGAGAAGCAGCAUCUACAAGGGCUGUAUUUCAACCAUUCUCCUACAAAGGAUGUUGCUUUGGCAAUGGUUUCCAUGAGGCCUAUCCCUCUUGGUCCAAUGAUGGAGAAGCUGUCUCUAUCAGCCGAGAAAUAUGGGACAGGCAGGCGAUUCUACGUUCAAACGUUGGACGAUAAUGCCCUUUCGCCCGACGUCCAAGAAAAGCUGGUAAGGGAAAACCCUCCAGAAGGAGUUUUCAAGAUCAAAGGCAGUGAUCACUGCCCUUUCUUCUCAAAGCCUCAAGCUUUACAUAAGAUCUUGCUUGAAAUAGCUCAAAUUGCUUAGAAAUAUAUUUUCUAAAAAUUAUUUGAUGUAUAGUUAUAGUGUAAUAUACAAGAUAAUGUUUAAAUACAUAUAGAAAUUGAAUUCAGCUUUA